UCGUUCUGGUGACCUGAUUUCUCGUUGCAUCAUCAGAAACUUUUCGUUCCAAGCUGUGACUGUUUCGGACAAGAGCCAAGAUGGAACAGCGAUUGGAGGCUGUUGAACGCAGUUAUGCAAAUGGGAAAGAAACAUUGCUGCGAAUGGAAGCAAGGAUGGAGGAGAUGUGGACUAAGAUGGACGAGUCUAUGGACAGUUUCCGUCAGUUUUGUCGCAGGCGACCUAGAGAUCGAUCGCGGACAGACUGGAGCCGUCGAUCAUCGGAAACGAAGGACUCAGCGUCUCAGCACCGGAAAAGAAGUCGCGAACGAUUUCUUCUGGUUCGCAGUCGCGACCGAUUUCUUCUGGUUCGCAGUCGCGAAUGAAUACCCCCUGUUCGCAGACUGCAUCGCGCGUAGCAGCUUCUAGCUUGCAAUCGCAAGUCGUUUCUCACAAGUCGUUUCUCACAGUAGUUCGAAAAAAUCGUCGCAGCCAGCAUCGUACUUUAUUUCUCCUAGUUCACAGAUACAAACUACCUCUCUCAGUUUGCAUCUCAUUCCAAAGACGUUUUCAUCUGCUAUUCACUCGCGUCAGAAUGCAACUCUAUCCAGAGAGAAAUCUGAUUGUGCGUAAAUUUUGUCUCAGGUCUCUUCUGAAUCGCUGACCACAUCUCACAGUUCAUCAACUCUAGCCUUUUCUCACACUUCGCAGUCGCUAACGACUUCUUUCAGUUCACCAUCGCAAACUGAUACAUCGCAUCCUCCGGAUUAUGUGAGUCUACGGCCACUUAUGACAAAAUGAAUUCGAAGCAAUUUGACAAAAAUACAUCUAAGCUCAACGAAAGUGAAGAUGGACGCCAGGAACAAUCAUCUGUUGUUCAGGUUCAUAUUCCUGAAAUUUGUUCUGUUGAACCUAGUUCUUUCGCUGAUACAUUUCCUAGUUCUUUAAAACUAGGUAAAUGAAUUCAAUUUCAUGGAAGCGAAAGAACGAAAGCGAAAGAGUAUGCGAUGAUAAGAAAAUUUCCUAGUUCUUUCGCUUCUCUUACUCUCGUAAAUAUGGAUGGAAAACGCAAGGACAAUAGGAAACUAAAUCAGGUAAUAAAUGAGAGCAGUAAAUUCUUGUUCACCAAAGGCAUUCCUGGAAAUUAUAGUUGUAAAGUUAAGAAUUCUUUAGGAGUGCUUUCUGAGGAAGACAGAUUGUAUGGGGAUAAAAAUUUGGCCUACUUUGGACAUUCAGUUCAAAAGAACAUAAGGGAUGCUAAUGAACAUAAGAUUGUCAUGCUUCUAUCCUUGGACUCCUCGGAUAUGGGACUGAAAGGGGCUGAUAAUUUUACUUUUGGUAGCAGUGUUGAAGAAAAGGUUGAUGAAAUAAAAGAGAUUGGUGUUGUUGACAAUUUUAAGAAUCAUGGUGAUGUUAUUGGCAAUAAUUCAGAAUACCAAUGGGGUGGAACCAAUGUGAAUCUGGACGAUACUAUCCAGGCUGCUGUAUUGAAUGUCCCCAAGUACCUUGUUUCACCCACCAACUCGUGGCUUGGCACUUUGACAGGAGGGCAUGAACUGAACUUUCAGAGAUCAGUUUUAUCCAGUGAAGGAGCAGUUCAGGGAGUGGGGUAUACCCAUGCCAAAGCAUUAUCAAGGUUUUGUAAAGCUAUUUUUCAGGGUGAGGCAAGGUCAAGGGAAUUGCUUGGAGAAAUAUGUGCACAAAGGCAGUAGGAUCAGCUUAUGAUAAUAAGGAUUACUCUUACAUGAAGGGUUAUAGGGUGAAGAAUGACUAUAUCCUGGAAAAAGAGAAUUUUGAGAAAGGUGUUGAAUAUGAUGAGUCUGUGUGGUUCUACAACUUUAGGGCUAUCGUAUCUGUGGUGAAGAGCUUGGAAAGCAUUAGUACUAGUGCAGUUACAACAGCUCUAGACUCUUCCACUAACUUUUUGAGUGUUGCUAUUGGAAACGAAUCUGGCCAAGUUCCCUAUGACAUGCUUAGCAGCAACUCUGGCUCUCAGAAAGCAAGAUUGCAUUUGCUCAUUGAACCCAACGCUGAAGUUUCCCUUUUCCCAAGUGGUGCUUGGUAUCAAUGCACCGCUAUCUUUUCGCUUGUCAGUUCCCCAGUAUGCAUCUGUCAGUCCAUGGCAUCAGGAUCGAAAUGGGUUAUGGGGCUUGAAAGCCGCCAGGUUGUUCUGUUUGAUAUUGGUUCACCCUCGGUUUUGUUUCUAAUGUACAUUCCCUCUAGCUCAAGAUUUCUGGUCUUAUCUACUAAGGCAUCUAUGGGUCUUCCUCAAAAGCACUGUGAAACCAGAAGGACAUCGUGCGUAGCACGAGCUUUGACUAGCACCGUGGGAAACGAUUGUUGCAACGCUCCUAGCACCGUGGGAGGCAACAAAUACGUUUUAAGGACAUCGUGCGUAGCACGAGCUUUGACUAAUUCUGCUUCAUCUCCUUUCUUGUUUUUCUCUUGUCAUUUUAUUUAAUUAAUUUAUUUUAAUUAAUUUUCUUUAUUUUCCGAAACACACCCAACAGAAAGUUGUUGAACUCGAUACACCUCUGUUAUUUAUUUAUCCGUACAAAUUUCUUAAAUUGAAGUGAUAACUACUUGCUCAUAUAUAUCAUUACUACAUGUUAUAUUAUAGUACCACUUAGCAAUUCAAUUGCUGAGCGUGUAGUUUUUCUACACGUAGGUAAAUACGAGAAUCAAGUUGGAGCCCGUGGACAAAGAGACAUCUGGACAGGACUGCAGGGCAUACGUUCUUCUUUUAUUUUCAUAUUUUAAGUGGUACAACAAAAAAUGUAUUAUAAAUAAGGAUGUUAUUUCAAUAAAGUGAGUUUUAUUAAUAUUGAGAAUCAUAUUUUAUGUUAACACAUUAAUCAAUUAAAAUACCACGAUUGCAUUUUACUAAAUGUUUUCUAAUUUAAAUGAAAGAUUUUUACUAAAUGAUAAACGACAGUGACAUCUGUCCCGAACCGGCCAGACCGGGCGGGUGUUACAACAGCAAUGCAAAAACAAUUUGGAACAGAUGCCGAGUCAUAUCAACUUUUACGCUACAUGGCCUUUAUGCUUGACAAAGCAAAUCCACAUUCUGUUUUUCUCUUAUUAGAGAUGAUGAUGAUGUCUUCCGGUAUUUUUUCAGGUCUUUUGCACCUUGGAUGGAGGCAUGGAAUUUUUGCAGAUCUAUUCUAAUUGUAGAUGGGUCCUUUUUAAAGGCGUACUACAAAGGAACACUUCUCACAGCUUGUGCCCAGGAUGAGAACAACCAAGUUGUUCCAUUGGCCUUUGGAAUUUGUGAUACUGAGUCUAAAGAUUCGUGGGUUUGGUUUUUUUCUAAAUUGUCCGAAUCUCUACCAUUUCGUGAGGAUAUGUACAUUAUAUCUGACAAGCAUAAAGGUAUAAUUAGUGCCACUAAACGGAUCUUCCCUCAUGCUAUGCAAGGCUAUUGUGUUGAACACUUGCGUCGUAAUAUGGUCCCCAAAUUUAAGGGAAAUGCGACUCAUUUAUGUUGGAAAUUCAAGGCUGCAUAUAAGGCUGGACCAAUCAAGGAAUUUGAGGAAUAUAUGACCUUGUUGGAUUCUCAAGAUGUUCGUAUACGCCAUUGCCUUGAAAAAAUUGGUACUCACAAAUGGGCAAAGUGUAUGUCUGGUCCAAGGCGUUAUGAUGUGAUGACUUCAAAUUGCGCCGAAUCAAUGAACAACGUUGAUACUUCUGCCAUGGAGUAUUGUAUUACCAAUGUUAUUGACUUUAUUAGGGAAACGAUGCAAAAGUGGUUUGUUGAAAGAAAGGAAAGCGCUGAAAAAACUAAAACUAUUUUGACAAACAAACGGGAGAAGCAUCUGGUUGAUCUUCAAAGCCAAUCUGCUAAGUUGAAGGUGAAGCCCACAUCAUAUUUUGAGUUUGAAGUUGUUGAUAGGCAUUGUCGCUCCUUUGUAGUAGAUCUUCAAACUCGAACAUGCACGUGUGGAGAGUUUCAACUCAAUCACUUUGUUUGCAUUCAUGCGAUUGCUGCUAUCGGUCUCCGCCCUCGUGAAUAUUGUUACGAUUAUAUUUCCCCAUAUUACACAAGAGAUUAUUGUCUUUCUGCAUGGAGCGGUAUUAUGCACCCUAUCUGUGAUAGAACUUGGUUGGUGCCUUGUAAUAUAUCCACUAUUCAAUGUAAGCCUCCAGUCUGUUUGAAAAGACCAUCUGGUCAUCCCAAGAAGUCAAGAAUACCUUCUUUUGGGAAGCAUCGUGGGAGGAAACGGCAAAAAUGUUCUUAGUGCAACAAACUUGGUCAUAAUAAGAAGACGUGUCGCAAUCCUAUUCCAGCAACAUGUCAUUUGGAAUGAGUUUAUAUUUACUUGUUUGUAUACCACUUUUGGAUCAUAUAAUAGAAUUGAACUUGUUAUUUCUUAAGCAUUUACUGACACAUACCCUAUCUGGAACAUGUCCUUUUAUUUUUAUGAUAGUUCCCCUUACUUGUUAUCUCUUUUAUCUUUUGU